AUGGAGUGCGAUAUUUGUGGGAGAGAAGGCAGCCUGAGCCAGCCGCUCCACUGCAUGACCUACGCCCGCUCGUACCUCGAACAGCCCCGCAUCCAACUCGCGAAGACGCUGAUAGACCGCGAUGCCGUCGAGAAACACGUCAAGGCCAUCGUAAAUGGCUCGGAAGACAAGGCGAUCCAGCAUGUUUCCCUCACCGACUCGAAAGGAGGCCUCUUGGUUGACCGGCAGGAAUGUACGAACAAUCUGAACUGGCAGCGGACGAAAGCAGAGACGGCAGAAAUUCAAGAGCGAUUAGAAAUGAUAUCAAAGCACGCUGGUCAGCUUCGAGAGAAGAUGGAGGCCACAAGGAAGCAGCUCGAGGCGAAGCGUGCGGCGAACGCGCAGAGGAAGUCGGACCUCUCGUCCGCCACUUACGGCAUCGAGUCGCGGCGGGCGAAUGAACUGGAUAAGGUGCAACAGAGAGUCAAGAGGUCCGACUACAAUGCGGACAAGAUGCAUCACGAUACCAUAGACCUGCGCAUGCAGCUAUGCACGACUGCUGCGAAACUCGCAGGACUUAAGAUGCAGCGACGAAAGACUAGAGACGGUAGCAUUAAAGAGGUCUUUAAUAUAGGGCCUGGCACGCGCCUGCGGAUUCAUGAUCUACGAGACCUGAACGAUGUCGCACCUGACGGCCUAUCCGCCUCUCUGGCUGCCGUAGCCCAACUCCUCGUUCGAGUCGCUGCCUAUCUGGGUAUCCGCCUCCCAGCCGAAAUCACGUUGCCCCAUAGUGACUAUCCUCAACCAACCAUAUUUAGUCCAGCAUCUUCAUACCAGGGUAAAAAAGUACCUUUCCCUGGCUCAACACCGUCGCAUUCAUCGAGCGCUAGUCCAGAAGCCUCGCGCACACUCGAUAUGCGUGUACAUCUUCCGAAGCCACGCGCACUGUUCGUCGAUCGCCCAUUGAGUCAUCUCUCUGCAGAAGAUCCUCCUGCAUACUCGUCCUUCAUCGAAGGCGUAUCUCUGCUUGCGUACAAUGUUGCCUGGCUAUGUCGAACACAGGGCAUGAAGGAAAGCUUCAAACAGUGGGAAGAUACCUGUUCGAUAGGUCGCAAUCUGUAUCGGUUGCUGAUUGCACAAGAGUCAUACAAUCCCCAGCGUCUUGAGAACCCAUUCGACAAAGACAUUACCGCUUCAAAGUCUUCUAGAUCGAUUCUUCGCAAGUCGCCUGUAGGCUUCGGACAACUUUCGCAUGCCACUUCACAUUCCUUUCUCGGCAUCGCCGAGAACGCCCAAUACAUCAGCGGAUGGGGCUUGUCUCCGACAAAGAUUGUUGACGAGCUGAAAGGAUUCUUACUUGCUGAGCAACAAGCACAAGAAUGGGACGUGCUUAACCAGAAGGAAUGGGAAGAUAUGGAGAACCUGAUCGCUGAAGACCCGGUUGUAGUUGGCGAGAAAAGGCGUGGUAACACAGGUUUAGAUGAUGGACGCAGCUACCUCACGUCUACUACGACAAACGGAAGGCCUUUGCUAUCACGGAAAGGGGAUGCUUCUGAGAGCGAGCAGACAGCGCGAAAGAAAGGCAUAAGUGGAUACGUGAAACUCAAGAGCAGACCAGAGGAGGAUACAUACUAA